AUCCCAUCCACCCCCGUUCAUCCAUCCCAGCCGGUCGGGUUACCCAUCCUUUUCAUCCUUCUUUGCUCCCUUACCCCGUCCCUCUGUACGUAACCCCAAUUUUAUCGCCCUUUUCUGCCCCGGCUUCUCCAACUUGACACGGUCGCGUCCUGCCGUCCGCGAUCCCUCUUUUUUCUUCUUCAGCCUCCCUUCAUUUUUCUGCGCGGAUGGUCUGUCCCGCCACCCCGACUUUCCCUCUCGCGUUUUGUGGCCUGGGCGUUCAGGUGUCAAUCAAUCGAUCAAUCAAUCAAUCACCCGUCGGUGUUACCAGCUCCCUCCUCGCCGCCGCCGCCGCAGCAACAACAACAAUAACAACAGUAGUACGACGAGCCUUUCUGCCUUCCGACUGAUCUCGCCGUGCCGACCACCUUCCAGCGACUCCUCCCACCGUGGCCCCCAUUCCCAAACCUUUCCCCCCCAGUGGCCGUGUAGACGGGCAAUGGGGGAUGCCUCCUCUAUCGGCCUACACUCCCUUUGAAUCUCUCCUCUUCUUCCAGUCCCUUGCCGCCUUAGAUGCGCGCCCCGCCAACUUCCUGUCCAUCUCCGACGUUCUCCGCAACAAUCCGUUCGUGCGCCAGCAUGACGCCUACGAUGCGGGGAGGCUCAGCCCCGAAGCGUUGGAGGACCUUUACACGACACUGAUACGCGAUGGCCUGGAUGCCGCCCCGUCGCUAGGUCCGAAUGGCCACCAUGCAGAGAGCCCUGGUGCGAACAACCCGAAGAAGCGCAAGAUCAGCAGUCCCCGGCCGGAAGGGCUGACGGACAAGGGACUAAGCCAUACCAGCAUUGUACCGGGCUUGGUGUCGCAUUUGUACGCGAGGUAUAAGGAUUUGAUGACGAGGGAGAUUAGGAACGAGGAGACCAGAUACAGCGAGAUUAGGGAGGAAAUCGAACGGCUACAGCGGGAAGAACAGGAAGCACCUCCGGUGCCCCCAGUCAAGCCUGCACCGCCGCAGCCGAUUGCCCCGGCGAAGCAAGAACCUGCGCCAGAGCCAAUGGCGUUGGACGUCAAAGAGGAGAAGCCUGUCCACCAACCUCAUGCAGAACCCAAGCCUGUCGCGACACCGGCGCCGAGAACGGGUGUGAAGCCGCCUCUGCUGGAACCGCAGCGCAAGGACUCGGAUGCAAGCAAGCCACCGGCGCAGCCUGUCAUACUCCCACCACAAGAACCUCAGCCUUUGCCCGCACAGCCUGCGCCGCCCGUACCGUCCGUGAAGCCCGUGCAGCCCGUCGUGCAGCCCGUCGGACAACCACCGAAGGAGCAGACGAAGAAGAUUCAACCACUGCCUCAGCAGCCUCAGCAACCGCCGCAGCCGUUGCCUCGGCCUCAGUCUACGCCCCAGAAGGCGACCGGCCGGCCGCCUCAGCAGCCACAACCCCCGAACGGAAAGGUCUUCCCAGUGCCUACGCCACCGGCUAUUGCACCUCGAAAUCCUCCUGUGAACCAAGGAGCAGUGAACGUGCCAUUUGUUCCACCGCAAAUACCACCGCCCGCUGCGGCGCCACGUACACCUGGUGUUACGCGCGCUCCUGCUGUCAAGCCUGCGCCAGUUCCACCAAACGUCAAUGUCCCCGUUCCUCCGGCCCUAAAACAACAGACCCCAGCCGCCAAGCCUGUUGGUAAGGAUGUGCCAUCAGUCGCAACCCCUAGCCCGGCACCUCCGCGUCUCCCGCCGCAACCCAGUUUCCAGCAAUGGUCAUUGAAUCAACCUCCGCAAACACCCCAACCAUCCUCCACGCUUCCGAAACCAAAACCCGAACCUACAAACAUUGCUCCUGCUGCGCGGCCGGUUCAAUCUCCUUUCCCUCCACCUACUCCAACCUUCGAGACCAAGAAGGGACCUCAAGGCCUCCGGCCAACGCCGGCUCCGUCAACGCCGGCUCCUGUGCCUGCGGCUGCCCAAACACCACUUCCUACCAUACCAAGACCUCCGUUCCAGACGCCGAUCAACCCUGCUCAAGCGUCAAUCUAUUCACGGCCACCAAGUUCGCGGCCUCCUCGGCCUUCGAUUGACACCAGCGGUUCUCUUACGCCGUGGAAGAAGACCCCUCGGUUGUUGAUUCCCGAUUCGCCUCGCUCCCCCGAUCGGCCACGCCCCGAGGAGAUCAGUCCGAUUAGUGAGAAGGCGCCCUCGUUGAUGGGUUCCCGUGAAGCCACGCCAGAAGAACCCGAACCUCCCCGUCGAAAACGCCGGACUGAUGGCAAGGGCGCUGGAGCUAGCACGGAACAAAGCCUGCCAACUGGCGACUCAGAGAGCAAGGGGACAAAAAGGAAAGCUGAAAAAGCGACGCUGUCGGCUGGUAAGGACCGUGAUAGAAGCACGGCUUCGUCGAGAAGUCGAGGGAGAUCCGUUCUGUCUCGGGACGAAGAUUCCACGGCAAAGAUCAAGCGGGAAGUGCCCAGUACCCCGGCUGGUGUCUCGGAGGCUGCCGAACCCGAACGUCCGUCCGUCAGUCGUCCUGGCAGAGGGCGGCCUAAACGCAAACGCGCCCCUAGCGAGAGCAUGGAAGUCGAACCCGCUCAAUCGGAGUUCACUCAGCUCAGUCGCCUUGAUCCCAACUUGUCGACACCGUACGUGCUAUGCGCACGCAACUUCCCUAGAACCGGAGCUCCGAUCAUGAACGAUGUGACCACACACAAGCAUGCGUCGAUUUUCACCAAGCCUUUGACGGAGCGGGAUGCCCCCGGAUAUCGGGAUCUGAUCUACCGACCGCAGGAUCUGAAGUCCAUCAAGUCGCUGAUCCACCAAGGCAGCCGGGCUGUGGCUGCCGCUACCGAAGCCGCGAACACCCCAGUCGCAGAUGGGGAGUCGCCCGCUCCUGGUGUAGGGACACCUUCCAAGAACGCUGUCCUCAUGCUGCAAAAGACGGAGGAUGUCAUCCCUCCCAAGGGCGUUGUCAACUCCGCGCAGCUUGAGAAGGAGUUGAUCCGCAUGUUCGCCAAUGCUGUGAUGUUCAAUCCCAUCCCUCAACGUGGCUUCGGGCCGGCGUUCCCCAUGACCAGCGACGGCGGGUCCCGGGAGAGCACGCUGGUCCCCGAGCCCGACGAGGGCGGCAUCAUCAAAGACACACUGGAGAUGUUCGAGGAUGUCGAACAAGCCGUGACGAGAUGGCGGGCGGCGGAGCGAACAGCCGACGAGCUGGCCAGCAAAAGCAUCCUCUCGCUCCGACGAGGAAGUGCCAGUGACCUGAACACGGACAGUGCGGACGAAGUCAAGGGAUCAUGACCUACUGCUGUGAUGAUUUAAAACUCCAUUGAUGUAUGAUUACCAAAAGGAAAAUAGAUAACCUUGCAUGAAUUUUGGAAUCAGUGUCCU